UUAUCCCAAACAAGCGUCGCUUUUCCGGACGGCCGUGAAUGCAGCACGAGAGCGUUCACAUGUAGAUGCUUUUGAGGAUGUUGUUUUACUUUAGUGCAGCUGGAAAGUUCGCACAGUUUUGAAGGCAGACCCUCAACAAACAGACAAUCAAAGACCUGCUUGAACAUGUCAUCUAGGAAAACUGAAUUGGGUCCAUUACGCAGCCGCUGGCUCUCUCAGCCUCUCAGGACUCUGCUGGCGCUCUCCCUGUGUGGCCUCAUCCGUGGAUACUCUGUAACAGAACUGAUGUCCAAAUAUCCUCUUAUUGAUGGUCACAAUGACCUUGCUCUCCAGCUGAGGAUUCUUUACAACAAUCGCCUGAGCCAGAUUGACCUCGCCAACGUCAGUGAAGUGGCCACUGACAUCUCCCGUCUCCGAGCUGGCCAUGUGCAGACACAGAUGUUUUCAGCCUAUGUUAUGUGUGGGGCCCAGCAGAAGGAUGCUGUGAGGCUGACUCUAGAACAAAUAGAUGUGAUCAGACGUAUGUGUACCGAGUACCAGGACUUUGAGCUGGUCACAUCCCUGCAGGAGGUGAGGAAUUCUGAGAUGAGGCAUAAAAUAGCCUGUCUGAUAAGUGUUGAGGGAGGUCACUCUAUCGACAGCAGCCUCCCAACCCUGCGGAUGUUUUACCAGCUUGGCGUCCGUUCCAUGUCCCUCACACAUACCUGCAAUACUCCCUGGGCUGAAUCUUCCUCAAAAUAUCACAGUUUUUUUCAAAGACAGAAUGACAGCCUGACACAGUUUGGGAAGGCUGUGGUGGAAGAAAUGAACAGACUUGGCAUGAUAGUGGACCUUUCCCACACCUCUUGGGAUACAGCGCUGGCUGUGCUGCAGCAUUCCAAGGCACCUGUCAUUUUUAGCCAUUCAUCUUCUUACUCGGUCUGUAAACACACCCGCAAUGUACCUGACUGGCUGCUGCUCAAGCUGAAAACUAAACGAGGCCUGAUCAUGGUGAAUCUCUACAACCAGUUCAUUUCCUGCGGGAAUGAGGCAAACAUCUCUCAAGUAGCUGACCAUUUUGAUCACAUUAAGAGAGUUAUUGGAGCUGACUCAAUAGGAAUUGGAGGGGAUUUUGAUGGUGCAUCCAGCUUUCCUCAGGGGUUACAGGAUGUGUCCAAGUAUCCAGGACUCAUCCAGGAACUCCUGAAGAGAAACUGGACUAAAGAGGAGUUGGCUGGUGUCCUCCGAGGGAACUUCCUGCGGGUAUUUGAGGAGGUUGAGGAGGUCCGUGAUCAGUUGCGCUUGAAUCGUCCCAGCGAGGUCCAGAUUGCCUUAGAAGAGGUGCAGAACCCCUGCAGACUGGACUUAAGACCCCCUGAUCGAAAAGCCCUGUUCUCUGGCCACAGCUCCUCCUCCAGAGCACCAUUUAGAUCACUGCUAUUCCUCACUUUGGUUCCGCUGAUUUCCAUUUUAUUUUGAAUUGACUGAACAGUUUGAUUUUGAGUUUAACUCUUCCAUCUUUUGUUUCUUUGUUGUUUUUUUCAUUUCUAGAGGAAGAAAUUAGAUCGUGAAUCUGUUUCCCCUUUGUGGGCCAUUACAACACCUCACAGUCAGUAAAAGUAAGGGCUGGAGAGGAUUAACAACUUGCUUUUUUUUGCUAUUUAUACAGUGUAUAUACACACAUGCACAAGCACAUACAAACCAUCUCUUCUCUGAGAUAUUUAGCAACAUAUUUUGUAAUGUAUUUAUUCAGUUAAUUGUUUGUAACGGAUUUUGAUUCAACGGCAUAAUUUCCGUGGAAAAUGACAAAGAGCAACAUAACACUGAUAAAUAAAUUUGAAGAA